AUGAAAAUUGCAUCAAAAAGUAAAAAUUUUUAUCUAAUUUUAAAAAGAAAAGUUGUUCGAUCAGGAAAAGCUAAGAAUCAGCUCUUUCUAAAUAACGAGAGCACAUCCGUUGAAAUCAAAACUCCUAACAAGAAUAAAACACACCAAAAAGAAUUCACAUCCGACAAAAGAACCUCAAUCAAUCUUCAGAGUUUCAGGGAAGUUUCUUCUUCAAAGGCACGACUUAAUGUAAAAAUCAUCCAAUGCACAAAUAGACUUCUUUGCGAAGUUGAAAUCGACACUUGGAACUAUUUCUUUACUGAUCCAAGAGAAGCCGCAAGGCAUUCAUUUGAUGCUGGAAGUAAUACAGAACGGGUCGGUUGUGGAGAUAUUUCAAUGUCACCCUAUGACAUUGCUUGGGUAGCAAUGAUUCCAGUGCCACUCUAUAAAAAAACUAAGCAUUCAAAAGAUUUUAGACUUGCUUUCCCUGAAUGCCUCGCUUGGCUCUUAAGUUCUCAAGACGAGAGUGGUAGUUGGGCACGUACCGGAGCUGUCAGCAUUGCUCCUGUUCUUUCGGGUCUAUGGAGUUUAGGAAUGUUUGAAAGUCGCGCAGGUUUGUAUUUCGAAGAAAGAUUACGAGAAAUAGGUUUCACUUUGGAACAUUUUAAUACUAUAUUUGAAAAAGGAAUCUUCUUCAUGCGACAUACGCUAAAUGAAUGGAACAUUGAUGAUAUUGAUAUGAAAGGAUUCGAAAUUGUGACUCCAUUUCUUAUAUCACAAUUGGAGAAACUCAAUCCUCCGAUCUUUUUUGAUUUCCCUGAUAAGGAGCGAUACCUAAAAGAAAAUAAGCGGAAAAUAAAUUUAAUUCCAAUCGAAGCAAUCUUCAAACUAGCUUCAGCGCGUCAACCACUUGCAAUUAUUCAUUCACUUGAAGCGCUCAUUGGAGUUAUCGACCUUUCUCGCGUUCAAAAUCCCAGAUUUCAAGCGAUAAAUGGAAGCUAUGGAUCGCCAGCAGCAACAGCGGCAGUAUUAAUUGAUGCACCGAAAUGGGAUGAUAAAGCGUAUGAAUUCUUACGAAAAAUUAUUUCAAGACGUUCCAAACACGUGUCAACAUUGUGUGAGACACGUUGGGUGAUUCAUUGUGUCAGCGAAAUGGUAUUGAACAUUAUUCGUGAACCAAGAACCGAUUUAGAUCAUCCACUCUUAGAAGAAAUGUCGGCUAAUCUUCGAUGCCUUGUUGAAUAUAUGAAAGAGUUGCUUAUACAAAAAAAAGAUAUAAUGCGAUGGGUCGGUUGGAAUAAUCGCAUUCCAGCAGAUGUCGAUAACACUGCAGUAUUAAAUUAUCUCGUUACAAAAUUUGAUCCCAGCUACUCAAUUGAUAUUAAAGUAAUUUUAGAAACAUAUUGGAAUGGAAAAUGUUUUCUGAGGUUUCCUCGUGAGUGUACAUUUUCGGUCAGUUCCAAUGUUCAUGUUGUUACUCUGUUGCUGAGUGCACGCGAAAAGGUAAAGAACCAAUCAACCACCGAGGAAAACAUCGAGGAAUGGACGAAUAUCGAUAAUAUCAUAUGUUCAACAAUCAACUUUAUUUUAUCAAAACAAAAUGAGAAUCAAGUUUGGAUUGAUGAAUGGAAUGUGAGUCCAUGGUAUACAACAAUGAAAUCAAUUCAACUUUUACUCAGUCUUCAAAAUUAUUUAGACAUUUUGCAAUCGACUGAAAUACAAACAAAACAAAGUCUAUUUGACCAUUGUCGCAAAUCGAUCAACUAUGCAUUAUCAGUACAACAUUCGGAUGGAAGUUGGGGUGAGCCAUCAGCCGAUACGAUUGGAAAUAUGGAAGAAACAAGUCUCGUGGUGAGAUUAUUACGCGUCGCAGCCGAAAAUUGGCCAAAUGAUAUCCAGAUUAAAGGUGCAAUCGAAAAAGGUCGCACUUAUUUAUUGAAACAUUUCGACGAAGCAAUGACCGAUACUAAUUACUUUUAUAAUAAACAACCCUUUUUAUGGUUCGACAAACAACUUUAUACUGUACCGAGAAUACUCAAAGCUUCAAUAUUGGCAGCACUUUGGGACAAUUUAAAUUCACAGUGA